ACUGAAGUCGACAACAAUGGAAGACACGGCCGAAGAGCACGAGAAGUGGUUAUACAGUACUCAUGAGGACAAUGACCACAAAGACAACGCUCAGUCAGACCGAAGACACAGCGAAGACUUGUCGCAGAUAUUCGACAAUCAGUCUUCGGAUGACUUCAGACAACUGUUUGAUGUCUCGAAUCCGGCAGAAGAGCACCAAUUGGACCAAUCGUUGGAUCACUUGAAGGAAGAGAAGGAAUACGAGUUGAACGACAAGGAGUUGACGACAGAGACCAACGACAGGAACUCUUCGGACACGUCUGAUGACGAGGACGACGAUGACGUUCAGGUGACUAUUGGGGACAUUAAGGCCAACACGUCGUCCUUCCCGUACGGCUCGACUCCAAUGAACCUGAAUAUAACCAAAAGGGGCGGAGCCUUCGCGUCCGGACAGACGAGUUCGGCCACUAAACCGAAAGCCGGUCUCGACAUCGAAGCCGUCGGAACCAUUAAUGGCGUCAAUAUAUAUGACGUGAAUUUGGAUAGUCUUGAGGAGAAGCCGUGGCGCAAACCCGGCGCCGAUAUCACCGAUUACUUCAACUACGGCUUCAACGAAGAGAUGUGGAAAUUGUAUUGCGAGAGACAGAAGAAGCUCAGGAAUCAUGACUUCCUGACCAAUGGUCCGCCGGCCACCACAUCAUCCAAACAGCCCAACCCUAUGUUGCCGGCCGGCGCUCAACCAGUCGUGGCCGCCGGUGGCAAACCCGGCGCCGAGCAGUUGAUACCAAUCGCUUCCGUCAAUGAGAACUCGAAGUACACGGGAAUCGGAUUAACCAAAAAAGCUGGUCCACCGCCCGGACGCAAACAGUCGGGAACUAUAGACGUGAUCGGAGGCGGCACUCCCACCACACCUAAUAUGCUUCCCAGUCGUCGACCUCCCGAUACUAAAGAGAAUUUCAUCCAAGUUUUAGGCAGUCGACCGCCUGGACCUCCCGGCCCUCCGCCUCCUGGACUCCCACCGGGUAUGCCUUUCCCGCCGAUGUCGAUGCCCCCACCCUUUGGAUUCCCACCGCCACCGGGGGUUGAAUUUCCACCUGGAAUUCCUCCGCCAGGAAUGCCGUUGCUUACACCCAAUGGUCAACCGCUACCAUUCCCUCCGGGAGAGUUUCCUCGCAUGCCUUUCCCACACCCAGGUAUGCUUCACCCGAACUUCGAUGAUCAGGGAGAGGGCUAUCACGAGGGAAUGGGAGGAGAUGAGGACAGGGAUCGCGACCGGGAUAGAGAUCGUGACCGCGAUUACCACCGAUCGAGUCGAGGAUAUUCUCGAGAUUUUCGAGAAGACGACUCAUUCAGAAGCGGUCGCGGCGGCGGUCACUUCAGGGAUCACAGACAGGGCGGGGACAGGGAUUACGAACAUCACGAGAGGUCUCGCGAUCGGGAUGUAGAACGAGACGAAAGUCGCAGACAUCGGGACAGAGAUAAGGAUCGGGAGAGAGAGAAGAGUGAUUCACACCGGGAGAGGGAGUCGUCGUCUCGACGCAGACAUCGCGAAGAACACGACUACGAAGACGACCACAACAGCAGGUCUUCGUCGCGUCACAAACACUCGAAGCGAUCGAAACGAGACAAAGAGGAAGAGGAGAAGGAAAGCAAACAUUGA